CGAAAGGGUGCGCAAGAUCGCACAUGGAGGCCGAGCGCAAGCCGCUGCCAUGGCGCCCGUACGUGGUGCUGCUCCUUAGCGGAGCCACGAAGGACGAGAAAGCCUGUCUGGAGCGGCUCCAGGACGUGCUCAGUGGCGCCCUCACGCCCCGUGAGCGCGGUGUGUUCAAGGUUGUCACCCGCACCGACCUCGGCAACUUCAAGGACAAUGCGCCCGCCGACGUCCUCGCUGGUGCAUUCCACGCGCUCAUUGAGAAGGAUCGCACCGAGUACGUCCAAGCCAACGCAGCCAAGUUUGCGAGCAAGCCCAAAGCCCCGGCGGGCUUGGACCGCGACUUUCGACUCGCGUCCAGCCGCGGGACCAUUGUCGACUCGGCCCGAGGCCAGGCCGUGACGGCGACGGCGCCUGUCGAUGCGAUUGCAAUACCUCCGACUGACGGCGCUGACGAUGACAUGCUGAGCGCAGCCCAAGCCGCGCUUGAGCACGACGCCCGCGACGGCGCACCCUCCCACAUUUAUGUCCUAUUUGACUACCCUGCGUCGGUCACCGAAGUUCGCGGUCUCAUUACGUACAAGAUGACGGGCGCCGAGGGGCCCAAGGGCGUUGCGCUCUCCGCGCUCGUCGACAGCGUCGUGUCGGUAGUGUUCCCACUCCGUGCGACCCUGCGACGACCGUCCAUGGCGCUUGCACCAGAAGAGCCUAUCAAGCCCGUCGUUCCGGAGCCCAAGCCCGUGGAGCCACCGGCCAAGCACCCUGCCAAAGGCGGCAAGCAAAAAGCUCCCGCGGUUGCGCCGUCGCCCGAGCCCGAAGUCGUCGCUCCGGUUGUAGCUGCGCCGGUCGUCGAAGUCCCCGUCGAACCACUUGGGGAAGGCAAGUUGCACAAGGAGCUUGUGGCUGCGGCGGCCGUCGGCGGCGUCGAGUGGACCGACUUUUCGUUUUCAACGCUGCACUGCGCGACCGAGGCGGGCGAGCCCCGUACGAUGGUGACGCUGACCAAAGAGCUCAAGCAAAUGCUCACGGACGUCGCAGUCGCGAAAUGUGCCUUCAAGCAGUGGCUCAGCACCGUCAACGUCGUUGAUGUCCCGUCCGAAGUACCGGGUCGCCCUCUCGAGCACCUCUUGCGCACCUACAACGAGCUUCUCGACCCGAUUUACGAGCCGAGUGUUGGCGUCGCGGGCAUUCUUGUGGCCAUGAAGGAAGCUAUAUUUCGCGCCAGCUCCAAGGACCGGCGUGUCGCACCGCCACCGACAAAAGCAGCGUCGGUGCUGCCUCAAUUUGUCGAUCAUGGCGACGUCGCUCGGGUGCGUAUGAUGCAAGCUCUGCACCUCUACAACUCCAAGCCCGAGUGUCUCCGGUCCGGCGAGCCGCGCAUGCUCCUCGGAAAGAGCUUGGACGACAUUGAGAAGGAGAUGUGGCUGCUCAGUGAUCUGCCGGGCGUCGGCUUCCAAGGUCGAAAAGGCAUGCCGAUCGCGCCGACACUGAGCCUUGUGGAGCGAGGUGUCCAGGACACGGAGCUGAUGCAGUUCCACGGGUUAUCGAUGCACGAUGUGCACUACACGCGCAAGCUCCUCGAGUUUGAAGCCAUGCUCGGGCACAAAUGGGAGCGCAAGCUCCGGUACCGAACCUACAUGGAGCACUUGCCCAAGCACAUUUUGCCACAGCGGGUUGCAGCACUCGUGGGCCUCAAUGUCGUGCUGUACAAACGGUACUAUGCGCCGGACGACUCGCUUCUCGUCGCCGGACACAUUGCAACACCGCAAGGUCGGACGUGCACCGACACGUGGGCGGCCAUCGACUGGGUCCGGCACCGUCCACCGUUCAGUGAGUGGGAAGCCGAGACUCUCUUGCCGCGCGUGUACUUGACGCCGCGCACGGUGACGGCGCUCGGGGCGUGUGUCAACCUCUCCCAUGCCGAGCUGGAUAGCGUGCGGGAAGUGACGCACUCGUUCUUUCCGUCGGACCACGCCGUGAUCCACGUCACCGAAGCGCCGCACGCCACAACGUGGCUGACCGUGUACAAGGACUGGCACCACUUUGGCCUUCGCCCCAGCAGCGUCGGGUUCCCGAUGAACUUUCACGCAACGUUCGAGGACGCUUCGCACUUGACGAUUUCGCGCCAAAGCGGCCGGACGAUUCUCUUGACAAAGACCUUUUCAUCUGGCCUCGUCGUCUCCAUCUCGUCGGACGGGAGCAUUCAGCAAGAGUACGCGACUCGGACGGGGCAUGCCAGUGCCCCCAAUCAGCACGAGACACGCCGCGUCGUGCUCGGCCGAGGCACCGUCAUUAGCUUCCGCACCGAUGGCAGCCAGGUCAUCAUGUACGCCAACGGCCACGUCGGCAAGCGGGCGACCGCCGCCGACGCGUUCUGGACGAUCGAUGAGGGUGGGAGCGUCUAUGCUGUCGCAUCGCACGCCAAGAAGACACCGCCGCCAGCGCCCGUGCCCAUCACGCUCGAGGUCGACCCCGAGUCGAAAGCAGUGAUUGCGCACCGCGGCGAUGGCGUUGUCACCGUCACGCACGUCAACGGAUCGUACUUGACCCAGCACGCCGACGGGACGCAAAUGCUUGGCAAUGGCGCCAACAGCCAUGUGAUUGUGCGCAAGGAGGGCUAUGCCGAAGUGAGCAUCGACGUGGACGUCAACCUCACCGCGCAGCGGCACGCCCAAGGCAUGAAGAUCGCCGUCACCAAGGGCGGCAUUCGCACGCGCAGCGUCGUCCGAUUUGAUGACGGCACGACGAUCGAAGUCGACUACGACACGCGCGUCAUCGCGUCGGUUCACGGCAUCUUGCGUGUGCGCAAGCCCGACGGCACGAUCGUAAUUGCCCAGGACAAUGGGCUCGUCGAGUUUCGCCCGCGGUCGCUGGCCACGUCAUCGUACCCCCGGAAGGCGGCGCGGGACGACGAAGAAGAGCCCGACUCGUCGAGUGGCGCCUACUACUUUGACUGCGUCAACGGCAGUCUCCGCCUGAGCGACCACGAGCACAAUCAUUUCGACUUGACGAUCGGGGACGGCAAGCACCUUCCCGUGCUCAAGGUCGACCUCGCGGGCGUCGUCUCGGCAAGCGACUGCGCGAAAUUCGGCGUCGAUCCGAUUGCUGCCAACGCUGUCGUCAACGACCCCCUGCAGCCCUUCUUGCUCAUUCUGCAGGGCGACGGCACUGGCGUUGAGGUGCUCCGACCGAUGGACGUGGACGACUACCUCGCACUGCAGCGCCGGGACGCUCGGAUCGAACGCGUGCCUUGCAUUGCUGUCGGUGCCAGCAACGACAACAAGCUGCAUGUGUUUACGCACAGCUUGGGCCCGUUUACGCCCGUCGCACUCGCCGACGCUACUGAGCGGACGGCCAUUCUAUCGACAGUCAAGAUCCCGGCGCGGGCCAGUGCGCUGCUGUUGCAGCAACUGCACAACGUCGUGCCACUGCGCCCGCUUGCUGUGAGCUUGGUGCGGCGCUUACGUGAGAUCACGCCGUUCGACGCGGUUCAAUUCCAAACCAUGGUCGAUGCUCUCUCGGCCUGGAAUGCGUGGGCGGCCAAUCGAGAGCUCACAAAGGACCAGUACGCAGUCAUGGACCCGCGGGACGACGAGACGCGGGCCCAGGCGCAUGCCAUGGAGAAGAAGAUUGCGGCAGCGUACAAAGCGACGCGUGCGCGGCUCAAGGCCGAGCGCCUCAAGAAGCGCGAACGCGAACGCUUGGCCAAGCUCAACUCGGCGCUCGAAGAAGCAGGGCACGAGCCGUCGGCCGCCAUGACGACGCUCAAAGAGGUGGAAAACGAAGAAGACGACGAGGAAGAUGGCGACGACGACGAGGCACACUACGCCGGCAUGCACUCGGACGACAGCGACGCCGACUCGCGCGACGACCUUGAUGUGAAUGUCGACGACGAGUACGAACUCCUUCUCACGGCCUUUUCGCACGCCGACACCGAGUCCAACGGCCGCUUGAACCGCGUGCAGACGCGGCGGGCGCUCGUGCAUGCGCUGGGCUUUGGUGUGAGCCAAAGUGACGUCAACGACGCGAUCGAAACGUACUCGGAGGCUUAUGACGACACGGUGACGUUCGAGGUGUUUGCGCGCAUCUUGACGUGCAUGAAAGACGCGUACGACGAAGAAGCGAGUGCCAAGACACCGCGUGCGAUGCCCCAGUUCCCGAGCCGACUCUCGAUGCCGUCCAAGCUCUCGCCGCGCCCCAAACAUCCAUAG